AUGAAAUUUUCCAUAAUAACUGCAUUGGUUGCUACUACAACGACAGUAACUGCUCUUCCAUUCUCUGGUUACUUACUGAAGAGAUCAAAUGUUACUGCUGCUGCAUUUAACACCUCAACUAACAAUGAUCUUGAACCAUCUUAUUCAAAGCCAUUCGCUAUGUUUCAACCAAAAGUGUUGAUCACUUCUAUGUUUGAACCAGAAGCUGCCGUUUGGUUAGAAGGUCUUGACUUCAUCCACAACAUGACCUUACCAGGGUUAUCUCCAUUGUAUCCAGAUUUACACUGUACAUCUAACUACUCCAUCUGUCAGGUUACUACCGGUGAAGGUGAAAUUAACGCCGCAGCUACAAUUGCCUCAUUGACUUUGAAUCCAUUGUUUGAUUUCUCAAAGACCUAUGUUUUAAUUGCUGGAAUUGCUGGUGGUGAACCAAAUUAUACCACUACUGGUUCAGUUACAUUCUCUAAGUACACUAUUCAGGUUGCCAAUGAAUACCAAAUUGAUUCUAAGGAACUUGUUGGUGACCAAAAGAAUUGGACCACAGGUUACUUUGCAUACGGUACUGAUAACCAAGAUGACUACCCUGCCAAUGUCUAUGGAACUGAAGUAUUUGAAUUAAACGAAAACUUAUUAGAUAGAGCUAUUGAGUUAGCAAAGACUGCCACUUUAGACAAUGGUACUAACGUUACUUCUACCUUCAGAAAGUUAUACAAGGAAAAGAAGGGUUCAUCCUUGCCACAAGUUGAAAAGUGUGAUGGUGUCACUUCUGACACUUAUUUCACUGGUAACAUUAUGGGAGAUUACUUUGACAAAUUUGCCAAAUUAAUGACAAACGGUUCUGCCACCUACUGUGCUACUGCCCAAGAAGAUAACGCUUCUUUGGAAGCCUUUGUUAGAGCUGACAAGUUCGGUUUAGCUGAUUACGAGAGAAUUAUUGUCAUGAGAACUAUCUCAGAUUUUGCUAGACCACCUGCAUCAUUGUCUAACGAUACUUGGGCUUUCUUCACUAAAUCUGAACAAGAUGGUUUUGCUCCAGCAAUUGCCAACAUUUUCAACGCAGGUCUUCCAAUUGUUACUGAUAUUCUCUCUAAGUGGGAUACUGUCUACAAAAAUGGACACUAUAAGGCAGACAAUUACGUUGGUGACAUUUACGGAACCUUAGGUGGAACUCCAGAUUUCGGUAAGCCUGACUUUGAAGUCGCCUAG